AUAUUGUGCAUCGUACGUUCUGCAGAAUCUCUUCGUUUUUCGACUUGUUUUGACGUUCUCUCAGCCUAUCAAAUAUGUCUGGACGCGGCAAAGGCGGAAAAGUCAAGGGCAAGUCAAAGACCCGCUCCACCAGGGCUGGACUCCAGUUCCCAGUCGGGCGUAUCCAUCGUCUACUCAGGAAAGGAAACUACGCCGAGCGCGUUGGCGCUGGUGCCCCGGUUUACCUGGCUGCCGUCAUGGAGUAUCUGGCUGCUGAGGUACUCGAGUUGGCUGGCAACGCUGCUCGCGACAACAAAAAGACCAGGAUCAUCCCUCGUCACCUCCAGCUGGCCAUUCGCAACGACGAGGAGUUGAACAAAUUGCUGUCCGGCGUCACUAUUGCUCAGGGCGGAGUCCUUCCCAACAUUCAGGCUGUGCUUCUUCCCAAGAAGACUGAGAAGAGCUCUUAAAUUUUUGUUUGCCCUAUAUUAUAAACAAUCGGCCCUUUUCAGGGCCACCAAAAAAUUCAAACGUUGAAACAAACUGUUUAUUUAUGAUCAUGAAUAUAAUUAUCUUGUAAUAAAUCUAAUAUCAGAUGAACGUUGAGUUUUCUAACACGUAUCGUCUGCUUUUAUCAGGAAAAAAUAUUAAUCACACGAUUGUCCAUCGCAAGCAAAGCGCGACAGGCUCUACUACGUAAAAUGUCCUUUACAUAAUAAAAGUAUUCAUUUACGCGUGCAUGCUGCUAUCAACAUCGUCUUCCAAGUAAGUUUUUUGUUUACUCGCGUUUCAGUAAACCAGUGCUUAAAUGCGUUACUUUUGUUUACUAUCUCGAAAAAGUACAAGUCAUCCUAACCUCGACUUGCUCGGUUCAAUAAAACGUUUCAAAAUCAACUAUUUGCCAUCUGAAAUUAAACAUACAACAGCAACAAUGGACAUAGACGCAAAACUCUUGCCGUGCGCGCGAUCACAACUUCUUCACAUCUUUAAAGCUGGAGUAGCCUCGGUGAUGCCGGCCGACUUGAUCGAGAAGAAGGUGAGACUAGUUGACAAUCACCUCGUCGUCGACGGCAUUUCCUACGCCGUCACCGAGAAUGUCUACCUAGUGGGCUUUGGCAAGGCCGUUGCAGGCAUGGCUCAUUCCCUAGAAAAGCUUUUAGGCCGACGAUUAAAGCGCGGUAUCAUCUCGGUUCCUCGCUGCUCUAAAAUGCAUUGCGAAGCCAAUAGGUCGAGUGUCGUGGAGUACCGCGAGGGCGCAGAGCACAAUCAGCCGGAUGCAAAUUCGGCUGCUAGCACCGAACUCAUUGUCGAGCUGGUGGAAAACCUCACCGAGAAUGAUACACUACUUACUCUCAUCUCCGGCGGCGGUUCAGCACUUCUGUUCAGCCCUAAACCGCCUAUGACAGCUGAGACCAAGGGACAACUGUGUCGGAGGCUGCAGAACGCCGGAGCCGGCAUUGCCGAGCUCAACCAUGUGAGGAAAUUACUGUCAAAGGUGAAAGGCGGGGGAUUAGCUAAAAGCGCCUAUCCUGCGAGAGUACUGGCUCUAGUGCUGUCCGAUAUCAUUGGAGAUCCCAUUGAAUCUAUUGCCAGUGGACCCACCUGUCCUCUUGGUGCAGAAAAUCCUGGGAGAGCAGCCAUAGAUAUUCUGAGGAAAUAUAAUCUGUACGAUGAUCUUGAGGAAGAUGUGAAAAAUUUGUUAUUAAAAGCCGAUGAAAACAAAUCAAAGGAAAAUACCAUACUGGAUAAGGGUAAAUUUAAGCAUGUAGAGAAUAUAAUAAUUGGAAGCAACAGUACUGCAUUGCAAGCUGCAGAAGCUGCUGCAAGAGAUUAUGAUUUUGAUAGUGCAGUGUUAUCCAGUGUUGUUGAAGGUGAUGUCAAAAACGUUAGCUAUGCUUAUGCCAAAUUGGCACAUAUAGCUUGUCAUGCUUUAGAGAAUAAAUUUUCUGAUAAGCAAGAUUUUAUGGCUGCAGUUGAGAAGGAGAAUAUUGAAAUUCUAAAAGUAAGCUCAGAAAAAUUGGAGAAAGCAUUUGAAACUUUGUCAGGGCUAGGAAAAGGAAAGGGAAUUGUGUUACUCAGUGGAGGUGAACCAACUGUAGUGGUCAAAGGCAGUGGCAAAGGUGGUAGGAACCAAGAACUUGCCCUAAGAUUUUCUCUGGAUUGGCUUAGCGAAAUUGCAAAAGAUCCAACACUGGCAAAAUACUUUGUACUUUUUCUCAGUGCUGGGACAGAUGGACAAGAUGGACCAACGGAUGCAGCUGGUGCAUUUGGAUAUGCUGCAGUACGACCAAAGAUUAUGAGCAAUCUUGGAGAAAUUUUAGAAAAGAAAAAAUCAACACAAAGUUCUGAGCAAGUGAGGGAGUUGAAUGACAAAAUUAAACAAAUUGAAGAAAUGUUGCCUGAACAUAUUUUAAAAAGAAAUGAUAGUUACAAUUUUUACUUAGCUUUUGAAAAUGGAAAAGACCUCGUAAAAACCGGGCUCACUGGAACAAAUGUAAUGGAUCUACAUUUUAUUUAUAUAAAGAAAAGAAAUUGUGAGUGCGAUAAUUAAAUUAUUCUCAAUGAUAUGCCAUUUUUUAAUGAUACACCGAUCAAUACAACUGCAGAAGACUGAUAAAUGAGUGUAUUAAAGAGACAAGAGAUGAAAUAAUAUAUUUUCAUAUUUUUAUUAUUGUAUAAUAUUUACAAUAAUUUUAAAUAAAUUAUUCUUUAAAUAAUUCAAUUUUUAUGUAGCAUAUCGAAAGUUAUGUAAAAUUUGUUUACAUAGUGAAACAUAAGAAUCAUACUUUGACACACUUUAUCAAACAUAUUCUCUCACACAUACACAAUCACUUUACACUUUUAUCUUUUAUGAAUAUUCUCUUUUCAAUAAAUGCAACAAUGCAAACUAACUAUUUUAUUCGCAAACUUUUUACAGUAAUGUUCAAUAAUAGUUACUUAGUUUAUUGUACAUAAACUUAAGUUUAGAUUCUUUCUCUUUGAAAUGUGCCAUAGGACGGACAUAGGGCUCGGAACAAAGAGUUUUCGUAUUUGAAUGUAAAAAGCAAUGAUUAAUAAAUCGAAGUCUGUAAAUUCCUUUAAAGAUAUUGCACUUCACAUUUACAGUGUGGUGAAAACUAUUGUCUUACAUGACAGGUACUUUUAUAACUUCUAGAGGAUUCUAUUGUCUAUGCAAAUAGAAUAUAAACUUUACGAUUUCAUUCAUUUAUAUAACACUAAUAUUAGAAAAAAUUCACAUACAAUUUUUAUACCCAGAAUUUUCAGACUAUCGUUCCAAAAAUUAUCAUAAUAAGAUUAAAAUAAUUUGUAUAGGUACAAAAUUUCAAUUCAAAGUAAUCUUUAAAUUGAGUUUAUAAUUCAGCUUACUUUGAAUAAUGCAAAUGUUUGCCUGAUAAUAUUAAAUUUAUAUUAAAAGCUCUUUUAAAAAUGGUAGUACUUAAAAUAAUAAAAUCAUUCAUUUAGAUUAAAUAAAAAGUUAUUGCACACGAAAUGAAAAUAAUUAAAAGAUGCAUAAAUAAAAUAACCAUACAUAAAUAAAUAAAAAAA